AUGCCUCGGACAUUGCCAUGGCUACUGGAGCCAAAAGACGAGGCGCGCGUAAAAUCGAAUUUACCCCCGCGCAAGCGCGUCAAGCGGGAGCUCGAGUCUGACCCCGAAAGAACGCCCAAAGCGCCGCCACAGGAAGAGAGGAGAGAUUUCUUCAGAUCUUGUAAGUGCACACCUUUCGAUGAGAUCUCGCUCCAAGCUGACCUCAGGCUCUCUAAGCGCAAAGCCCCCCUACGUCUCCAAUCCGGCCAUGUCCCUCCGAAGAAAGGCCUGGAUCAUGAUGACGCCUGGAUAAUGGUCGAAGACGAGUUCUACGCAACCGCACAAACAUUCACUCAGCACUUACACUAUGCCGAGUACAUCCGCCGGAAAAAGGAUGCGAAGGCGCAAAGUGCGGCACAAAAGGGCGCCAUAGAGAGGCCAACAGAUGGAAGAACACCCAUGUCAAAGGAGCUUCAAAGGAAAAAGGAAGCUGAAGCACAGGCGACGCGCCAGAGAGCUGGAGUCGAGGAGGUUGCGGGCCAAGAUGACAAGGAUGAUACCGAUGACGACGAUGAUGAUACUUGGGCUGGGACUCACUUGCAUGGUCUUAUGACGAGUCCAAAUAAGCCACGUUCGUUGCUUGGCAUCCAUCUGUUGAAGUCUUCUACGAGAGCUGCUGCGGGCUUUGGACAAGCAAUCGGGUCGCAGAUUGACAAUAGGCAGAUGGCUUGCAGGUCUCAAACUGCCCGGCUAUCGCGAGCUGCAGAAAUCCACCAUGUGGAGGUUGAUGAGGAGACGGCAUCGGGCGAAGAUGAUGAUCUCGAUGGACAUGUCUACACGGCUACUAAACAACAAAGACGAUUGGAAAGCAAUACUCCAGAUCAAAGUUCCGCUUCAUCGCCGCCUUCCACAGUUCGGCAACUGAGACAUAGGAACACUACAUCUGCGGUUGAGAGAGAGAUCUCAAGGCCAGCACGGCCGAAGACGCAACUUAAAACCGAAUUCAAGUCAAAGGUUCAGAUGCUAUUUGAGGACCUUGACGAGCUUCCAGAGCCGUCAAUAUCUAAAAGUUCUAAUCCUGAAAAGAAAAGCAGGUCCUCCACCGCAACCCAAAGGUCAGAGGUCUCGCUGGGGGAAAGAAAUUUGGAGUCCAAGGAAUCCCGCUAUAAAGACGUUCCAACUUUCUUAGUGUGA